AUGUUAUCUCCCACGUUUACCAACAAUAGCGAUGAACCCCACACCCCCGAUAGAGACGAUUAUGUUUCGUUCCCUAUGUUUCCUGAACCCCAGGAUGACCGUGAAACCAGCUUCGGCCGUAUACUAUCCAGAACACUCCGCAAGGUGACCUCCAAUGCGUCACAUCUUGUUCAGAAUUAUGCCAACAAGAGUGACGACGAUGAUGAAGAAAAUGCUGGUCCGGUCCGAUUGCCCAAUCUCGCCUCCACCAUACUGGGUGCCGAAGAUAUUGACUCGGUUCCACACAUAUAUGCAUCUGGACCGGCUGUUUCUCAUGUGGAUUCAGUGCAAACAAGCAUUGAGGAACUGACUAAAGAACCAAAUCCACCUCGUCCUCGUGAAUUUCCUGAUAAAUCAGCAACAACAGAAUCAGUUCCACUGACUUUGCCUCCACCAGUAGUGAUGUCUGAUAGGCAUAGUCUUCGGUUAUCGACAAUGUCGGUACCGAAGCUUUCGGCAGUGGAUACUAGUUCUGUGCGUUAUGCAAGAGAAGAGAUAAAUGCCACUGCCUCUCUUCUUCCAGCGCCUCAGCCGGUGGUUGCAAAAUCCACCACCUCUGUCAUAGCAGAAACUACCGCUAACAACACUCAUGAUUCCAAUGUUGAAACUUCUUCACUCCAAGAUAAAAUCACCUCCAUCUUUACAAACCUUCCCAACGAUAUAGAGGUUUCAGACGACUCGGCUUCUGAAGGUGAUACUGCAAACGACAGCACAUUAGGACCACUCAAGAGAACUGAUGCUAGCUUCGAUAAGGACUCUGAAUUCUAUACUAGUUCACGUCGGAACUCUAUUGUUCCCAGCAUAUCAUCCAAGACUCAAACGUCGGCUCUUAUAAGCGGAGCCAAGUCCAUCUUGAGCACCAGCAUUCCUCUGACAGUUCUACCUGCAUCCCUAACUCCCAGCAGUAGUAUUAAACGGUCCAAGAAAAAGAAGAAACUAAUUAAGCGCAAGAACUCGGAAAAUCCUUUGAAAAACGGUGGGAUUCCUCAGAAAUAUUGGAUGAACGAUUCUUUCGUCUCAGACUGUCUCAACUGUUUCAAGCCGUUUACUGCAUUCCGACGUAAGCAUCAUUGUCGAUUUUGUGGUCAGAUCUUCUGUGCCGAUUGCACCCUCUUUAUUUCCUACAAUCAGCAUAAAGACGAACGUAAAGCCAGGGUUGCGUCGUCUACUCACAGGCGAGGAAAAAGCUACCAAGAUCAACUUCGGGUGUGCAAGCCAUGCUAUAGUGAUGUGAUUGUGUAUUUGAGUGACGACUCUUCCUCGUCAUCCUCUGAAUCUGGUGACGAAGAUCCUAUUCCGACAGAAACUCUUACGCCAAACUACCUGUUGUCUAGGAUGCGCUCACUCUCGACGGGCUCUCGAAAGGACAGUUUGCGGCACGAGAUAAGACUGGACAGUCGUGAACUUCGAGAAUCUCCACAGCACAAUAGAACAUUUCUUAAAUCUCCCGAUCAAAGUUCGCCGGUACCAUAUAGGUCUCCACAGCAUCUGACCCUGACUGACAUUACAACUACUCGCCCACCUCAUUUCGAGGUCUUACUGUCAAAGCACGCUCCGCAAAUGGCGAUACCUACUACCAGAAAAGGCGAGGCAGUUGAAAUUCCUGAUAUUCCUUCUCGUCGAAAUACCAACAAAUCGAUGGGUUUAUCGAGCAGUGCCACCUCCAAAUUUACACCUUUCACCUCACUAGACCAUUCUGCAAGACACCUUCUGACGCUGGGAGACUAUUCGCCUUGGAUGAAGAACUACACCUCAGCUGGAGAUUUGUCGCAAUCGCUCAGUCUUGAUAAUAUUGGACAAUUUUACAGCAGCUUGAUCGGCAAACGAUCUCACGGUAAACUCACAGACAAGGAUUCAAUCAGGUACGAUCGAAGCGAGAUUAAAAAUUCCACAAAGAUUCAGGACGAAGACUUGGAAAGCGAAAGUGAAGACGAGAACGUGAUGUCAUUAUAUACCUCGCUCAACCACGGACCGCUUACGGUAAGAUCCAGCCUUCCUCCACGUCACUCUAUCAGCGCUAAUGCAGUGCCAACAUUGGGUGAAUUUCCUCAAAUGUUAGCGAAAGAUAGUGAUAAGAAUUUCACCAUUUCUCAAGGUCAUUCGAAUCACCUACUUGUUCCCCUAGGAAGUUUGCAGCGUCGACUGUUAUCCUUUAUGAGUCCAAAACCUGAGACUAGCUCGAAGUCUCGUGAGCGAGCCCACGCAUCGCUUCUUAGAAUGAAGUCUCGCCGAAGAGGAACAUCCACACGAAAUGUCCUGAUUCUCACCCGCAACAAUAAUCGUCUACCGAGUUUGGAUGCUUCUCAACAGACUUUCGAUUCACCUCCCGCAUCACCCGCUCCCGAUGAGACCAAGACAAGCUUGUCAAAGACGUUUUCUGGAGAAAUUGCAGAUUCCCUCAAAUCAUUAUCACCUGAGAACCUGACCCACGAGUACGCUGAGGUGCUGAAACAAAGUCCGUCUUUUGAUGAAAAGAAGUUUGUGGACAAAGACCGAACUGUCAAAAAUUUGUCAAAGGACCUGAUGUAUUCUUCCCUUUUCAAAAAAUUGGCUUAUCAAUGCUUCGAUGAUAGUGGUAUAAAGGAUAAUUCUGACCGAUGGUAUGCAUCCCUCAUGAGGGUCCUUUCUCAUCUUGACGAUCUUAAGCUAACUGAUACAUUGGACAUCAAGCAAUAUGUGAAGAUUAAGAAGAUUUUUGGAGGUCAAAUUGAAGACACAGCUAUGGUGGAUGGCAUAUUCAUGACCAAGAAUGUUGAUUCCAAGAGAAUGGCGGUGGACAUUGACAAUCCCAAGAUUGCAAUUUUGAUGUUUCCUCUCGAAUACAUGAAACAGAAGGAACAAUUUAUCAGUCUCCGGACCAUACAUUCACAGCAAUCAGUCUAUAUCUCCAACCUUGUAUCCCGGAUUGUAUCCUUCAAGCCGGAUAUCAUUUUAGUUGGAGAUACUGUUUGUGGUAUGGCUGAGUCCCUAUUGGAGGCUGAAAACAUUACAGUGAUUUCCAAUCUCAAACCGCAAAUCAUAGAAAGAGUAUCCAGAUACACCAAGGCCGAUAUAUUUCAAUCUAUCAAUGACUUGUUUUUCAAGAAAGGGUCCUUGGGCACUUGUGCCAAAUUCAGAGUGAAGAGAUAUAUCUAUGAAAACUGCGUGAAGACAUUCGUUUUCUUUACGGGAACUGAUGUGACUUCAGGGUUCACAGUUGCUUUAAGAGGUGGUCUGGAGUCCUUAUUGGAUUCUGUAAAGUACACCGCUGAGGUCCUUGCUCCAAGUAUUUUGAACUCAAAAUUUGAAGUCUCGUUAUUGAAAGAGCAAGGGGUAGAAUACCUUGACGAACCUUCUAGCGAGCUGAGCCUUCUAUCCAAAGUUACAAAUAUCGAGGGUACACUUGAUUUGUUGAUCAAAGUUUACGAAAGUUUACCAAAAGAGAUCAAAACUCAAUUGGGAGCUCUUCAUAUUCUUGACAAGCAAGAGGUGUUUGAGUAUUGCAAGUCAUUCCAGAAGCGUCAACUCUCUUCCUCGCCAUCUGUGGUGUAUGCUCCCCCAUCAGCAUUAUGGAAUUUGAUCGAGUCAUAUGAAUACUACCUAAAUGCAUUUGACAAUUUCAAACAGAUCUUACUUUCUGGUGUCGAAGAGAUUGAUCCGGAGUCAUUGAAAAGCAUAGGGAUGUCAACUCUGUUGGAAAUGCUUCCAGGAGGAUCAAGCGAUCUCCUUCCAAUUGUCAAAAGUGCUCGAGAUGUCACUUUGCGGUAUUCGUUGGAUGAGUUGGUAACCAAGGAACGCAUAUGGUCAAACUGCGCUAAACUUCCAAAAUACCUGCUCUCACCAAGUAGCCAUCGAAGCAUACACAUUUUGAACUCGACCGUCUCCAUAACGCAUGCGACUCCAUGUUUCGGGCCCAAUUUGGUUGUUGUGGAUUAUUACACCGAAAACGACAAAUGUAUAGGCCUUUUUCUAGACCAGAUAUUCCAGGAAGCUUCCAAGACCUGCGAAGAGUGUGGUGUUCUAUUCUUGAACCAUUACAAAUCUUACGUUCAUGGCAAUGGAAAGCUUGACUUCAUUACUGAAAGAUUUGAAAAUGUCAUGGAUGGCGCUUUGCAUGAGGGUCUCAAUCAAAGGUUCAUGUGGAGUUAUUGCCAGGAAUGUAAUAAAACGACUCCUAUUCAAAAGAUGAGUCCGGAAACAUAUUACUAUUCAAUUGGGAAAUUUUUCGAGCUAGGGUUUUGGAACGGCAAAGCGUCGCAUAUCAGUAGCAUUGACUGCCCUCAUGACUUCUUCAGGAGCCAUAUCCGAUAUUUUGGCUUGAACGAUUUGGUGAUCAGAUUGGAGUAUUCCACUAUAGAGACUUAUGAGGUGAUUGCACCAAGAAAGCAGCUUGAGAUUGUACCUUCAGCUGAUAUGUCAUUGAAGAUCAAAACUUACCAUCUGAUUCGUGACAAGUCCAACAAGUUUUUCAAGAGUAUCGAGAGUCGCUUGUACAGGGUUAAAGUGGAUACUUUUGAAGAUUCCAAAGCCGGAAUGGAAAAGCUCGAAGAAUUGAAAAAUAAGCAUCGCGAGCAAGUUGGCUCCAUUGAUACCCAACUACUUGAAUUAUACAACAGCACUCCGCCUACGGUGCAUCUUCCAUUGAAUGCCAUUUUGCGUACCUUGCAAGAGCUUGGUGUUUUUUGGGAUAAUGAGUUCAACGAUUUCGAAAAGAGGUUUUUACCUAGUGAGAAUGAUAUCACCAAGAUUACUCAGUUUCACUUGACAAACUUUUUAAUGGAAAAGCUUAAUUCUGAACAGAGUACAGAUUCACAAAGGAGUGAGAAUAAGGAUGAUAUGCGAGCCAAGCCACUUGACGUACCUUCUACUGUUAAUGAAGGGCGGGCUGCGCAACUCAAUAAAGAGAAGACCAAUGAAAUAGGAGAAAUGAUUCCCUCAUCUUUAUUUCGUCGUCUGAAGCUAGGUGAUGACAGACUCCAAUCCAAGAUGUCACAAAUCGAGGAUAUUACACCUAAGGUACCUGAAGGAUCUUCUACACCACGACAAGAAACUCACCAAGGGCAAGAAGCAGCUCAGCCUACACAAAGUCGGGUGUCUCAAUUGGCCAAUUACUUUGACCAAAUGAACUUGGAUCAGAUUUCAAAAGAAUUCAAACAGCAAAGAGAAAGAGAGCUCAAGAAAAAGAUCAACAAGUUUAAGGCAUUCCCUAUUGUGGCUUCUAAACCGAUUGUUGAAAUCUAUGAUAAUAUCGAGGACGUGGUUGACGUUACAGAUAUGGAUACCGAGAAGGGAGAGCGAGCAGAAAAGCCAGAGCAAAAGUGGAAAGAUAUUCCUCGCAAAGAAAGCAUGAAAACUGAUGAUGCUGAUAAGGUGAAAGAUAAGCCAAAAGACGUCAAGAAAGGUGUGGACUUACCUCAGCCCGAAAAGAAUUCUCUCUUGAAGUCGUUGACUACCUUUUGGGCAGAUCGGUCUGCUUCACUUUGGGAUUCUUUGGAUUUUCCCUUGGAUGCGAUGGAGCAUACUUUUGCUGACUCUGAUGUUAUUGUUCGCGAAGAUGAGCCCAGUUCUCUCGUUUCAUUUUGUCUUUCUUCCAGCGACUACAAGCUGAAAAUCAAAGUUAUGGAAGGUGAUGGCGAUAUGGUCGACGACAACGAGAACGGCAGCAGCGAUAUUACUGAGAACAAGAAAUUGAAAAACUUUGUCAAGAUCGAGAAAAAGUUCAAGAAGAAACUCUCUGACGACGAAAGUGUUCAUGAGCUCGAAAAAAUCAUGACAAAGGAUAAAUCCAAUCAUCUCAAGUAUCAGUUCAGCGACGGUGAUACGCAGUUUUCGUGUAAGAUCUUUUACUCCGAGCAAUUUGAAGCGUUGCGAAGAUCGUGUGGUAAUAACGACAGUUUCAUCCAAAGUCUUUCGCGGUGUGUGAAGUGGGACUCUAGUGGAGGGCAGAGUGGGUCAAACUUUUUGAAAACUUUGGAUAAUCGGUAUAUUGUCAAAGAGCUUUCGAAAAGUGAGCUCGAAUCUUUCAUUGCCAUUGCUCCAUUCUACUUCAAGUAUAUCUGCCAAUCCCUUUUCAGUACUUUGUCAACCGCAAUAGCCAAGAUUUUUGGUUUCUAUCAGAUUCAUAUUAAAAAUGCAGCUACAGGAAAGACGUUUCGUAUGGAUUUCCUUAUCAUGGAAAACUUGUUUUACAAUCACAAAACGACGAGAAUUUUUGAUUUGAAGGGAAGCAUGAGAAACAGGCAUGUCAAGCAGACCGGAAAGGAGAACGAGGUGUUAUUGGACGAGAACAUGAUUGAGUAUAUCUACGAAUCUCCCUUGUUCGUGAAGGAACAUCUGAAGCGAAUGCUCCGAGGAUCUCUUUUCAACGACACCUCGUUCUUCUCCGCCAUGGACGUGAUGGACUACUCACUUAUAAUAGGCAUUGACGAUACCUCCAAGAGGCUCUACAUUGGUAUUAUCGACUGGUUGCGUACUUUUACGUGGGACAAAAAAGUGGAGAAUUGGGUCAAGGGUAAUAACUUGAUGGGCGGUGGAAAAAAGGGAAAAGAUCCGACAAUCGUCACCCCGAAACAGUAUAGAACCCGGUUCCGUGAAGCUAUGGAACGAUAUAUCCUUGAAGUACCCGAUAUUUGGUACGAAGGUCGGUGA